AUGGCGGCACCAAAACCUUCAUCAUUUCCUCCUCCUUCACCGGCGUCUCCUCUUCACCAUGCAGUGAUGAUAGAAACACCAGAACAGUCACCUGCUCGCCCCAAAAUCUCACUUGAACAGCCAAACAAAAAGGGUCCAUCAAAAUCAGCACAACUUUUCCGGCGAGUCCGGUCACUUUUCCGAUCAUUUCCGAUCAUCAUCAUAAACCCUCCUUGUAGAAUGCCAGCUUCACUCCGGCCACUUGACUGCCACAUCCACGCCGGAACACGUAUGACUGGAACGCUCUUCGGCCACCGGAAAUCUAGGGUUAAUCUCUCCAUCCAAGAAAACCCUAGGUGCCUCCCCAUGGUUGUUCUCGAGCUCUCUAUUAACACCGAGAAGCUUCUGCAAGAUAUGGGGAUGGGACUGCUCAGAAUUGCACUGGAGUGCGAGAAAGUUCCGUCUGAGAAGACGAAGUUGAUGGAAGAACCGGUGUGGAUUAUGUACUGUAAUGGGCGGAAAGUGGGGUAUGCGGUGAAGAGAGAGCCGACGGAGGAUGAUCUGAACGCCAUGGAAAUGCUUCGUGCGGUGUCGAUGGGCGCCGGAGUGCUGCCGGGAGAAUCACCGGAGGGAGAGCUGACGUACAUGCGAGCGUACUUUGAGAGAGUGAUUGGAUCGAAGGACUCGGAGACUUACUAUAUGAUGAGUCCGGAUGGGAACAGUGGGCCUGAACUCAGCAUCUUCUUUGUUAGGAUUUGA